AUGAUGGGCACAAGGAAUGAUGUUUUUCUGUUUAAAUUGCUGUUGAGAGGUGACUCUAGCGUCGGCAAGUCGUGCUGUCUGUUGCGCUUUAUUGAAGAUUCCUUCACUCCAUGCUUCAUCACUACCAUUGGAAUCGACUUCAAGGUGCGCAAUAUUGAACUAGACGGGAAAAUUGAGGGGUUACAGAUCUGGGAUACGGCAUACUAUCGUGGCGCUAUGGGAAUCCUGCUAGUUAAAUAG